UAGCACACAUGCCCAUCAUACAUAUAUAUAUCAUCCAUACCCACCUAUCUUUUCUUGAUCAAUACAAACAGCCUUGUGGUUGUAAGAACAUUGAUUCUCCCUGUUUCUGUGUGGGCUAGCUUCUGGUGAACUUCAAUUCUUGGCUGCUUUUUAAUCUAACUCAUAUCUCCCUUUCAAGAUCAUUCAUUGAAACAAAUUAAAGCUGGCUAAAAAACAAGAUAAGAUGGUUCAAAUUUCGUCAUUUUUGAGCGGAUUAACAAAGAAUAUGACAACGGGCAAGAAACGAAGGAUUAGUCUUGGAAGAGAAAUUACAGAAGUUUUGGCAAAAGAAGCAAGGAAAAAUGGAUUACUAUUGACGUCUCCUGGUAACGUUAGUGCUAAAUGGUCUGGUAAUUAUGUAUCAGCUUAUUCUAAGGGAGGAAAUAAAGGAAUAAAUCAAGAUAGCUUCAUAGUAUGGGAGGCAUAUGGAGGGAAAGAAGACGUGAUGUUUUGUGGAGUUUUUGAUGGGCAUGGACCUUGGGGACAUCUUGUGGGACGAAGAGUGAAGAAGGUUAUGCCGGCUUAUCUGCUACAUUAUUGGCAGGAAGCUAUGGCUCAGGGUUCACUCUUGAUGAAUGGGAAGUUGGUAUUUCCUGCAAACUUUGAUAAAUUUGGUAUGUGGAAGAAAUCUUUCAUGAAAGCUUGUUCUACUGUUGAUUAUGAUCUUAAGAUUCAUCCUGUGAUCGAUACCUUUUACAGUGGCACAGCUGCUAUAGCGAUAAUCCGAGAGGGGGAUCUUAUUGUAUUAGCAAAUGUUGGUGAUUCUCGUGCUGUUCUUGGCACCACUUCAGACGAUGAUAGCUUGGUAGCCGUUCAGCUUACUGUAGACUUUAAACCAAAUUUACCUGAGGAAACCGAAAGGAUAUAUAAGUCAGGGGGGUGUGUUUGUCAAUCAGAUGAUGAACCAGGAGUUUCGAGAAUUCGUGCUUCAGAUGUGGAGACUCCUGAAGGUCCAGGUCCAGGACUUGCGCUUUCCAGGGCUUUUGGUGACUUUUUUGUCAAAGAUUCGGGUCUAAUUUCUGAGCCAGGUGUAAUACAAAGAACCAUAACCUCACAAGAUCAGUUUGUCAUUUUAGCCACUGAUGGGGUCUGGGAUGUUGUCUCAAAUGAAAAGGCGGUCGAGAUUGUUUCAUCAGCAGUACAUAGGGAUGAAGCGGCAAAAAAGCUUGUUGAAUAUGCUUCCGGUCAAUGGAAACGAAAGAGACCAGGCUACGCAGCGGAUGACAUUUCAGUUGUGUGCCUAUUUUUCCACAAUGCAUCAGGUUCCCAAGAGGUAGAGUCUUAUUGAUUAAGCCAUGAAUGUUUGCAUAUGGUUAGCAAUAACUUAUUGCUGUUAUUUUUCAGUUUUAUUUAGUCCUGCUGUGUAUGUAGUUGUAGUUGUGACCAAAUGAACAAGCUCUCUUUUAUAUAUUUUGUAUAUGCUUUUUAUCCUUGUUAAAAAAUGUAGCUUUAUGGUCCAACAAUUGGAACCCAAAUUAUUACAGGUUAUACAGUUAUACAUAUAUGUCAUUGUAA